AUGCAGAAGAAGUCGGUGCUGGACUGUAUGAUCGAGCCGCAAGGUUCCGCGGACAGUAUCACUGUGUACCACGGCGUCCUGGAGGCGGACGAGGCCGGGCGGCCACCCGACCACCCACAUGUUCAACACACCAAGUUCUGUAUGCUGGUCAUCGCUAAACAAGGCAAUAAGAACCUAGUGUACCAAGACACAGUCCGUUUACUUAUUCGGAGGAAGUGGAAGUCGUAUGCCCGGAAAAGAUUUGAGUGCGUGUCCGCAGUGACGGACCCCACACGCUACCAUGGUUCAUUGCACGUGGUACGAGCCGUGUUCGAGGUCGUGUUGCUGGUCAUGGCCGCCUUUACCAUAUUCACGGAAUUUAUCCAGCUUAAAAGGCAUCGACUGGAGUAUUUCCACGACGUGUUUAACUGCUUCGACUCCUCCUCUUCGAUACUUAUUCUGGUGACUGUACCUCUCCGAUUUAGCGAAAAUGUUGCACAAUGGCACGUUCUCGCGUUCGGGUACAUUAUCUGGACAUUACGGAUAUUUAAAUUUGCCGCCGUGUUUAGACAGAGCGGUGCUUAUGCCCAGAUUCUGUCCCGGAUCCUGGCCUAUGACUUCAUGCAGUUUGGUCUGGUGUUCCUCGUCAUCCUCCUCUGUUUCUCUGUGUCCAUCUUUCUUUCUCUCCGUGGAGACUCCGACCUUAACGUCCAUAAUGAGACUAGCACGUUUUGGGGGACUCUGUUUGUUGGUGUGCGGUCCCUGACGGAGGCGGCGCCAUUUGUUGAAUAUACAUGCGAUAAUGGAUACGGUGAAGACAUCAAGGACCUUCAAUCUGUUUUGGACAAGUGGGAAUCGCCUCCACUAAACGAGAUGAGCAAGUAUGUUCGGGACGUCUGGGAUUCGCUCGACUCGCACCGCCUGUCCCUCCUCACCAUCCAGCAGAGACUCGCCCGCCAGGAAAGCACCCUUAGAGACAUACAGGAGCAACUGCGCUGCCUUCUAUUAGUAAAUGCCUCAACAACAGGUGUAGAACAGCCACGGUUUUACCGCCGCGACACAGAAGAUGGACAAACUUCUGUUCAGCCAACAGGCGUAGGGCGGAAAAGUGGGCGGACAGGGAAGAAUCAAACUACUACCUCAAAUAUUACCAUUGAAAUGGACGAAAUUGAUAACCUGAUCAGUCAUUUAUCGGGUACCAUUCCAGAAGAAGAAAAUGAUAACAAACAGAACGAAUCUAAUUUCAUAACCAAGGAAAGUUCUAAUAUUGUAAGACAUUUACAAGAUAUAACAACGUAUUCACAAGCCACUCAACAAGACACUUACCCUUUUGGUCACUCAUGA